CGCCGCUCGGAGCGGCCGCCUCGCUCUUCGCCUCCUGCGUCCAUGCCCGGCGGCCGCUCGUUCUUCGGCGCCCGCCCGCGGGUACCCUCCGCCCGCGCCCUCCGCCCCGAGCCCUUAUGCCCGCAACGCCAGGAACUGCACAGUGACCGCAGCUGCUACGAGUGGACCUCAGAGUCCCCCGAGUGAGCGGGUGGCGCGGCUGGUGCCCGCUGCGGGUGGUGGCGGAGGAGCCCCGCCCUGUAUGUGGCCGCCCCUGCCGCCCCCACCGGCCUCCUCCGCAUGUCGUGUAGUGGCAACCAGACGGCGGCGCCGCUGGCGUCGGCCCCCGAUGCCGCCCAGGCCUCGGCCGUCGAGAAUCCCCUGUGUCCCCCGGGGCAGGCCGCAGCCAUCGCUGGAGGCAAGUCCUCCGUCGAGGGGGUGACGCCCCCCGCAGCCACCGAGGUGCGCCUGGUGUCCGGAGGCCGCGUGGCCACCCGCCUGGCCACCGCCGCCUCCCCGGGCCACCUGCCGCGGGACGACGGCUACUGCUCCUCGGACUCCACUCCAAAGAGCUCAGGUGAGCGGCGUGUGGCCGGGGUGCUGCCCCACCCGCGGGCCCCCCCAGCGGACUCCCCCGCCCUGGGUGCUGACGCGGGCCUGCACAAGCCCCCACCUUCCGGCGACGCUGAUGGAGCACUCGCAGGAGAGAGUGUGCCUGUUGCUGCCGUGGCCCCCCGCACACCCACGGCCUCCCCUGGCGCCCCCGGGGGGCCCCCUGGACCCCCAAGUUCUACAGGCGUGGUGGACGACGGGCGGGAGUCGUGGGGAAAGUCCAUGGACUUCCUGCUCUCCAUCAUCGGUUUCGCUGUGGACUUGGCCAACGUGUGGCGCUUCCCCUUCCUGUGUUACCGCAACGGUGGAGGUGCCUUCCUAUUUCCCUACUUCCUGAUCACAGUCUUCGGGGCGCUGCCGCUCUUCUUCAUGGAGCUGGUGCUCGGCCAGUAUAACCGCCAGGGCCCCAUCACCGUCUGGAAAGUGUGCCCCUUGUUCAGAGGCGUUGGCUACUGCGCCGUGCUUGUGGCCUACUUCGUCAGCUUCUACUACAACGUGAUCAUCGCCUGGUCCAUUCACUUCGUCUACGCCUCCUUCAGCUACGUGUUGCCCUGGACGUCGUGCAACAACACCUGGAACACAGCUGACUGCUGGGACGGCCUCACCUCCGACGAACCAAAGCCCAACUCCACCUCCUUGAUGUCGCCCUCCGAGGAGUACUUCAAUUACGUGGUGCUACAGAUGGACAAGAGCGAUGGAAUUGACGAUCUCGGCCCGCCCCAGCCUAGCCUCGUCAUCUGCGGCUUCAUCACUUACUUCAUCCUAUACUUGUCGCUCUUCAAGGGAGUCAAAUCUUCAGGCAAGGUGGUGUGGGUGACAGCGACGAUGCCCUACGUGAUCAUGACGCUGCUGCUGAUCCGGGGGGCGCUGCUCCCUGGCGCCGCCGAUGGACUCCUCUACUACAUCAAGCCCUCCAUCUCGGCCCUCUCCAAGCCGCAGGUGUGGUACGAGGCAGCGCAACAGGUGUUCUUCUCGGUUGGCGCUGGCUUCGGCGUCCACCUGUCCUACGCCUCCUACAACAACUUCAACAACAACUGUUACCGCGACUGUCUCAUCACCAGUCUCGUCAACGCAUUCACGAGCUUCUACUCCGGCCUCGUCAUCUUCACGUACCUUGGCUACAUGGCCUUCAAGCAGAAGACGGACAUCGGGACAGUGGCCACAGACGGUCCCGGUCUGGUGUUCCAGGUCUACCCCGAGGCCGUGGCGACUCUCCCUGGCUCGCAGUUCUGGUCGUGCCUCUUCUUCCUCAUGCUGAUCGCCCUCGGGCUCGACUCUGGGAUGGGCGGGUUGGAGUGCGUAAUCACCGGCAUGAUGGACGAGCUGCGCCUCACAUUCGGGUGGAAAAGCAUAAGGAGGGAGUUCUUCACCGCCCUGGUCGUCACGUCGUCUUUCCUGGUGUCCAUUGCCAACUUCUGUCAGGUGAGAGGGAUGAUAGGGAGGCCAUACCAAACUAAACUAAACCUAUUUGGCCGACAAAAUCUUCAUCUAUCUCUCUCCUUCAUCCCAGGACUGCGACGGUUUAGCGCAGACAUCCAGCACAUGCUCGGUUUUCGCCCCAUGCUCUACUGGAGGGUCUGCUGGAAGUUCGUGUCUCCGCUGUUCAUCCUUAUCACGAUCGUCAUCGGGUUGCAGUCACAAGCCUCCGGAAAGCUCGAGUACCACGGCCCGAUACACUACACUUACCCUGCCUGGUCUGAGUCUGUGGGCUGGCUCAUUACCUCGACGUCCAUGUGCAUGAUUCCGCUGUGGAUGAUCAUCACCAUCUGUCGCCAACCCGGGAGUUUCCGACAAAAACUGUUGUUGAGCGUCACGCCUGAGGCCGAACACCACAAGAUCCUGGAGACAGAGGAAACUCCCCGCUUGGACUGGAAGCACUGGUUGCACGUCUGAGUUUGCAAUCUCACCUUUGCUCACAUGUGACUACUAAAUAACAUUUUCAAUUACUUACAAACACAUCCACGCCAACUAGUAAUAUACAGUGGUAUACACACGCAUUCCAACACAUACAGGCACACGCGUUAAUAUGUAGUGAAAUACUAACAAGGUGACGCCAAUUUUACAUGUUAUUUUUCGGGAAUGCACUCUUAUGCUAAUGUUCACGAGAAACUCUGAUCACCGCCUAAAUAUCUAGGAAGUAAUUAAACAUUCCAAAAUAUACGUAUGACAACCUAAUAUGCACAUUUAUGUAUGUGGAUUCUGUCUUACCGCGAAGAAACACGCGAUUUCCAUUACACUUUCAGCAGGUGGCCAAAUCUGCCAAAUAUACAUAACUAUAUGAGGUACAAACUAAUUAUUUUCAUCACACUUCAGAUACACAGGUUACAUUUGAUUCAAGACACUUCUGGGAGUAACAAAACACAUACCACCUUUUUCUUCUUUUUUUCAUUGUUACUGGCUUUCUUCCAAAAAUGAUAUGAACUUGAAGGCCAGCCACACAUAAAAAACAUUUAACAUUAUUACCACAAAGAAAAGAUAAUUUCAAGAGACUCCACAGUCCAAGAGACACGAAUAAUGACAGUAACGUGAAAAUCAUAAUGUAUCCAUGUAGUAACAUACAGUCCCAUUAUUUGGGAUCAACAAGCUUGUUAUUUGAGUUGCAUUUGCUGUAACGAAUAAGCUUCUUGUAAAUAAUUUUAUAAAGUAGUGCUUGAUCAGCUCUGGGAAGUGUAAUGAAAAGUGGUGUGAGUAACAGCGUACUUAACUUGCGUUCUCAUUUCACAGCCACCGAUCAUCAGUUAGGUCACUCUUAACGUUAUCCUUACAGCAGCGUCUUUAUCAGAUGCUGGGUUCUUAUGCCCGUGAAAAAGCUUGUCAUUACUGUCGUUCUUGUAGGCAGGGACGCGGCCAUACAUUCAAGGGGAAGCCUUAACGAGGAAAGAAACUUAAUAUGUUCGGUAUGAUAGAGAAAUCAAGUGGUUUUCUACUUGCUGCAGAUAGAAGUACGGCUUAUAAUUUAUGUUUCUUAUUUCUUAGUAUUGGUGACUUAGCUGACGAUCAUCUACCUCAAUAGUAUUAUCCUUAAUUACCUGAAACUGCAAAAAAUUGCCGUUAGUAAUCUCUACCUUGCCAGAGCAGACAGUACGCAACCAGUACGUGUUUCUCUGCGUGCCACGUGAACGCAGCCCAUUGGUCGGCCGUGUAGCCAUUAAGCCAAACUAACCAAUCAGCGCGUGCCAUCAGGUGUGUGUGAUCAGGCAACCAGCACUGGGAUGGUCCGAGGGGGAGAGACAUCUGGUGACUGAACAGCUUGGUUGUUUCAUUGCCAUAAUUCAUAUAGACAUUAUAUUUUAUUUAUAAGUUUGUAACAUACCCGCUUGAUAAUUAAGAAUAUAUGUAGUGUCAUGUGUUUACUUAACUGCACGUAUCCUUGUCACUCAGUAUUUCAGUAUACUGCAGUUUCCAAAUAUCUUCAUGGAAUGUUUUUGGAGUGUAUUUUUAUUACAUAAAUCAUUAGCCUCCCAUCCUGAUGUGUAAAUUUCAUAUAAUUUCAUGAAUAUUUUCAAAUUUGAUUUACAUAUACUUUAAUGAUUGCAACCAAAUUUAUUGUCCUGUGUUGAUAGUAAUUAACUCCGUAAUUGGUUUAAGUUUAAUUAUGUACCUUUUUCGUUCUAAGUUUGAAACAAAAACGACUUAACUUACCAACACUUCAAACUAUGACUAUGACCUCGUCGACUGUCUACAUACCAGAGUUCUGUUUUGGCUACCACAGUUCACCUCUCUAUCAAGGCAUUUUUUUCCCUGUUACCACUAUUCUCGUUAUAGUCACCUCUGCCAUUUCAGUCCAGUUUCUAAUUCUUUGUUUAAGCUGAAUAAAAGAAGCUACAGCCUAUCCUUCAAUUCUGUUACAAAUAUCUCCAUCAUCAAUAUGAUCAUGCCUGAUAAUAGAUUAUCAAGAAAGCUAGAAGAAUCAAAUUCAACAUAUCAUAAAAUUGAUAAGUAAUCAGAUCUGUUUGAGAACGAUCCCUUUGUGACAUCGCGUAUUUUGAUAUGUAACACAGAAUUGCAGAGUUUAUGAAAGUAGAAUUCUGUAAUACACAAAUUUUAUAUACAGCUUCUGUCUCCCGCGCUUGAACCAUUGCUUGCACAAAAUAGGUUAGGUACAGUGUGUGUACACAGAUAAAUAAUGUCUUUGGUUUCUAGAACUGUGUAGGCAAUAUCAUUCAAGAAUCCUGAUAAAAUGGAAAUUAAGAUACAUAUCGAGCUAAUUCAAAAAGAGGCAGCUGGGUUGCAAGUAGUGUAGCAUAUGUUUAAUUGAAAGUCUCAGAGUCGUAAGGUAUGUGGCCGUUAGGUGUGAGAGAGGCCCAAAUAUGCUUCUCGCUCUCUCACAACUGGCGGACAAGACCACGUCGGGACUUUUUACAAUUUUGUAGUUUCUUGAAAGAAUGAAUUAACUCUAUGGUAUGUAUAUAUUUCGCGUAUAGUGGGUAUGCAUAUAAUCGACAUUUAUUUUGAUAAAGCACUAGAGAUUCGGAGGACAUUAAUCAUUCCCAGUGUUGUAUAUGUUUGAUGUUGUUGUUAACAUAUGUGAUUUAAGUGUUGUUACGAUGGAUAAAGACUAGUGUUCCUAUAUUACUGAUGUUAGAGAAAUCUUUAUGAAUAGAGCUGUUAUUAUCCCGAAUUAUUCUGUAAGGUUGGGUGUACUUCUCAGUUCAUUACUGAACGAUUGUUAAUAGUUGUAGACGUAAGUAUUUUUAGUUAGUUUUUUUUUAUGUGUGUACAUGCAGGCGUGUCAUUUUGACCCAGUGGCUGUAAAAUAUGCAACUUUCGUCAGCCUGUCAACAUCUUGCAUAUCAUUCUGACUAGCUGAGAGAUAAGAGUCGCCAGCCCUUUUAGCCUCGUUCCUUGAAGGAGACGAGUUUCAAAUGUGCUUCCAAGUCUACAGGUGGACUGCAGCACCUUACUGUCAGAGUUAAGUACUUAUACGUGUGCAGACAAGCCCAAUAUAACACUACUCUACUGUCCAAAUAUGCAUAUUGUGAAAGCAAGCAUAACGUAGAGGAACACUAACUAACUAUUACAGAUAUGUUCCAUUCUGUCGGUACAAAACAAGAGCUUUAGUUUCCAUAAUUUGUUUUCAGUUUUGUUAAUUCCUCAAACGCAAAUUAAUCAUCCCUCGUGUUUACAAUCAUAUUUCUUCGUUCAGCCAAGCGUUGACAAAUGUACCGCAUACAAAUUCGACUUUUUCUCUCUACUUAGUCUAAUUGUCUUGUUUAGUUUGUUCCAUUAAAAACAGUAAUAGUCAGGCGUGGGCCAUUCUCCACCGGUAAAAAGUGAUCAUAUUGUGUAUAUUAUCGUUUAUUACGGGAGCAAGGGGAAGAUCUUACACAAUCAUUGUUGCGUUAAAACAAAAAUCAUUUUGUGUGUGGAAAAAAAAAAUCUUCGUGGCCUGCAUUGUGGAUUUAUGUGGUGAGAAGGUGUAAUGUGUAGAGAUCUGUGUUAAACGUGUUCUAAACCUGUAAACGUAUGAAGGUUGUAUCCUGCUGUAAAAACACACAUAUCAUGGACUCCGGCAGUUUGUGCCCCAACGGCCCUCGUUUGCUAACCUACCAGAGCUUCCUUAGUCAUAGAGGUAAAUAAUCUUCAAGCUGUGUUUAAGUUUACAGUCUUAGGAAUUCCUAGACUACAGUUUUGACAAGCUCCUCUGUGACUCAAUCGACCUCUUUACGAACAAAGAGCUGCAAAUACAUAUGUGUUGUACAUAUAUUAUGUUUUAAGGUAUUCUAUGUCACAGUAGAGUGUAGUGUAACGGUGUGACACAUCCUUGCAUAACGCCAGUCAUAUGUAUGUACACCUGGAUUGUACUUAGUUCUCACCUCUGUACAUAUGAAUACUAGAUUUGUCUUUUGUAUCUUCAUUUUUUUCUUGGAAUAUUAUGUAUUCAUGUUAAGUGUCCAAAAAAUGCAGUACAACUUACCGCUCGGAGAAUAUUGAAUUAGAGAAGGUAUAGGAUUUAGUUGUUUUGUAUGCUAUUGUUUAAUGUAUCGGAAUGUCGGAAUAAAGCGUAAUAAACGUA